CAGGAAUUCAUCGCAUUUUGUCUAUCGCCUUUAUCUUUUCUGCAUAUCAUCUGCUCAUCAUGGCCACGAGAAGCGAUUGCAACGUCCACAGCCCCGAGUUCCGUGAGGCAAAGCCCUCGCAGGGAGAUCCUGCUCGUCCUGUUGCUGAUCUCUUUCGUCUUGAUAAUCGCACUAUCAUAAUCACCGGCGCUACCGGCUUCCUAGGCACCAUGCUCGCCAUUGCGAUCCUCGAAAGCGGCGGUGAUGUCGUCUGUCUUGAUCUCGCACCCGUCCCGGAUUCUCCGCAUUGGCAUAAAGUCGAAGCCGCCGCGCAAACGCACGCGAGUCAAUUAACCUACUACCCCCUCGACGUAACGGACGAAUCAGGUGUAGAGAAAACUUUCACCCAGUUCAUCCCUACCCUGCGAUAUCCACUCAAGGGUCUUGUCGCCUGCGCAGGCCUAUCCCGCAAUGGUCCCGCGACCGAAUUCCCCGUCUCGUCGUUUCGCCGGAUACUUGAUAUCAAUGUGACGGGGACGUUUCUUAUCGCGCAGGCGGCGGCCCGGGAGAUGCUCAGAACGAAUACUACCGGGAGCAUGGUGUUUGUGGCUAGUAUGAGUGGUUAUGUGUCGAAUAAGGGCGUCGAUACAGCCGGAUACAACGCCUCCAAGGCGGCCGUUCAUCAACUCACGCGGUCCUUAGCUGCCGAGUGGGGAUCGAGGGUCGGGAUGCCUUUGAUUAGGGUUAAUUCGCUCUCACCUGGGUAUAUUCGGACUGCGGCGACGGCAGAAGCGCUUCAGAAGCCAAGGAUGGAGAGCCAGUGGGUGGGUGAUAACCUGCUGUUUCGGUUGAGUACGGCGGAUGAGUUCCGGGCACCGGUGCUUUUCAUGCUUGGGGAUGGGAGUAGUUUUAUGACGGGGGCGGAUUUGCGCGUUGAUGGGGGGCAUUGUGCGUGGUAG